UUGAGGACACGUCUUCCAAGUCGAGUUUUUCCCGAUAGCCAGCCAAUGUCCAUAAUAGUCUAGCUAUAGUAGCACAAGUCUUGAUAGUGAGUAGGUUUGACCUUAUCGUUUGCUAAAAGAAGGAAUUAAUGGGUGUCUUGCUGUUCAUUUAAGACUUUUUUUCAUAGAUCAGUGACUGAUUUUUUCCAAACUGAGUAUGUGUGUAAAUAAAUUUUCUGAUGUCAUCAUUUUAAAUAAGGUCCAUAAACAAGGCACCAAGAUGAGGUAUUCGUGUGUUUAUGGGUUGCUUACUUUCUCUGCUGUGUAAGUAAAUGAUAUAGACUCUAGAUCUAGACUAGACGCAUUCAUUGCAGUGACUCUUGCUAGAAUGACGCCUGUGAUGUUCGGCCGUACGGAUUUGAACCAGAACCUUCUAAGUAAGGUUAACAAAAUGUUCAUAUUUCAUGUCAGACACCGUCAUAAAAUGAAGGUACAUCUAGCCGCUGCUGUCAAUCAGUGGAAAAAAGGGGCGGGACUGAGCGGCUUCGCGCGAAGGGAAGCUGUUCGUCGGCUGGCUGGCAGAAGCAGUGUUUUGCGUGAUCAAACCCCCGACUUUAGAAUUUAUAGUGAGACGGUAGAACGUGGACGUACUACAGACUGGUGUCCACAAGCACACACGCGCACACCAACAUGAGUCCGGCACAAUACGCCGUCUUAUGGACCUUGUAUAUUCUCUGUGUACAAGAGACUGAGACAUCAGGAGUGUUAGAGCUUCAGAUCAGGUCGUUCAGAAACGACAUUGGACUCACGGCUAACAACACUUGUUGUAGCGGCUUCCGGCAGGACGGACUCUGCUCCUCGCCUUGUCGGACGUUCUUUAAAGUGUGCCUGGCCCACUUCCAAUCGGACAUCGGCAACAACCCGGAGCCCAAAUGCACGUUUGCCAAUUACACUACCCCCGUCUUGGGGAAAAACACCAUGGAUUUUACGGGCCUGUCAAACCUUCCUGUGCAGUCCCAACAGAAUGUCUUCACUUUUCCAGUUACUCAAUUUCAAUGGCCGGGGGACUUCUCCUUGAUCAUCGAGGCUUGGCAUGAUACGACCCAGGAUGUACCCAGCAGAAAAGAUGUUCAGAUGGUGCUGAUAGCUCGCCUGGCCACCAUCAGAGCCGCCAGUUCCGGUCCGGAGUGGUACAACUACACAGAAACCUUCAACAACAGCACUAAACAGCUCGUCUACGCCUACAGGUUCGUCUGCGAGAAGAACUACUAUGGCGCCAAAUGCAGUGAUCUCUGCCGCCCCAGGGACGACCAGUUUGGACACUACACCUGUAGUGCUAAUGGCUCCUUCGUCUGUAUGGAUGGCUGGGAUGGCCGCUACUGCGAUACAGCUGUUUGUUUACCUGGUUGUGAUGCAGCCAAUGGAUUCUGCGACCAGCCCAAUGAAUGCAAGUGCAAAUUGGGCUGGCAAGGUACCUACUGCAAAGAGUGUAUCCCAUACCCUGGCUGUCAGAGAGGAUCCUGUGAGAGACCCUGGCAGUGUAACUGUCAGGAAGGCUGGGGUGGCCUGUUCUGUAAUCAAGACCUUAAUUUCUGCACUCACCACAAGCCUUGUAGAAAUAAUGGUAUUUGUACCAACACGGGACAGGGGAGCUACACAUGCAACUGUGUUGGGAGCUACACUGGAGAUAAUUGUGAACGAGAGCUAGAUGACUGCAAGUCCAAGCCCUGUAUGAACAAUGGAGUUUGUAAGGAUAUUGGCAAUGGCUUCCAGUGUCAGUGUCCUCAAGGGUUCUAUGGUCGUCAAUGUGAGAGGGAGGCUAUGUCCUGCAAAGCUAGCCCGUGCCUGUAUGGCGGCACCUGCAUAGAGAAAGAUGAGACUUACUACUGUGUCUGCCCGGCUGGGUUGACUGGCCGAAAUUGUGAACAGGAUAUCAACGAAUGUCUGUCAUCCCCUUGUCAGAACGAUGGCCGCUGCAGUGACCAGCUCAAUGGCUACCGCUGUGUUUGUCAGCAGGGUUUCAGCGGCUCUGAGUGUCAGAUCAAUGAUGAUGACUGCAAGUACAAGCCAUGCCUAAACAACGGCAUUUGUAUUGACGCAGUCAAUGGCUACAGGUGUCAGUGCAUGGCUGGCUUUGUGGGAUCUCUGUGCCAGGAUAAUGUCAAUGACUGCGAGAUGAGGCCGUGCGCCAAUGGUGGCAUCUGUACCGAUGAAAUUAAUGACUUUAGCUGUGAGUGCAAACCAGGCUUUUCUGGUAAAGACUGCAGUGUGCAGGUCAAAGAGUGUAAGCUGCACCCUUGCCUUAAUGGUGGGACCUGUACUGACCUCUUGGGCGAUUACUCUUGCUCAUGUCCUUUUGGCUUUUGGGGCAAAAAUUGCCAACUCUCUGAGAGAGUGGUGGCUGCCAGUAAUGACACACUUAUCAGAAACACAAACACUGGAGCAUUGCCAACUACAGAUCAGAAAAUUACAACAACCAAUGCACCAAUUGAUAUGUUGCCCACACCCAGUUCCAGCCAAGAGAAGGAAACUGGCCUGAGCUUAACGGAGAUGCUUGUUAUAGUGUGUGUUGGCGGAGGAAUACCCUUGAUUAUCAUCAUUAUAGUUGUUACAUUUUUCUUGUGUCGCAAGCGGUCCUUCCUGAACCAGCGCCACACGCAAGACAACCUCGAGAAUCUUGCCAGGGAGCACAACUACAUCAACAACAUGAACAACAAAUGCGGGGAUACUUUCAGCUCCAUCCCACCAUCCGCAUCCAACUCAUCCAGCAUCAAGAUCAGCAAUGAAGAACAGCAGGAUAUUAACAAGCUUAAGGCAAAACAGUUCAUGCUCUCAGGGGACUGUGGUGGCUCUGAUGUGGCAGGCAGCACGGCUUCUGUCAUGCAGAUUUCCAAGAGCAAACAGAUGCUUGAUGAUCCUAUGGAGUACCCCUCUUGCUCUAGUGCAGUUAUAUCUGUUGGUGGAUCUAAAAAUGCAGACAUUCAGGCCUAUGAACCACCAUUCAGGAGACUUAACGUGGAUUCAUUACAGAUAGACACAGGGACAGCAAACAGAGGCCAUCACCCUGACCAUUCCAGUCAUGUCCUAGUGAAAUCCUCAGGACAGUUGAGGCCUAGUGGUUCAGAGCAAGGCAUGAAAGACAGUCCUCCACUGAAAGGCUACAGCGCCUCAUUGGCUUCUCCAGUCACCAUUGCACCACAGCAGCAGCAGCCACCAGCUUACCUUCGUCACUUGCGCUAUGAUGAAGAUUACUUAGCUACAGAAGUCUGAUCUACUUUCCACACUCGCACACUAGAUGGAUAUAUCCACUGUUGGAUUACCUUAAUUUGCGGAUAGCUUCUUCUGUAGGAGACAGAGACCUUGCAUAUCACUCAGCGCUGUAUAGCACACACUGACCGCCGUUCCAGAGAAACGUUUGCGGAGCUGACUUGAAGCUAUUGUACAAUUCCUCCUGUUACAGCCUGUUGUUUUAUGCAGAACUUUAAACUAAGGCAUGUUGUUGUUUCAUUCUCUAUUGACAUGAACAAUUGUGUAUAAAUAUUUCUCUUCCUUUGCCCAUGUUUGGAAGUGGUAGGUGGAGUCAGGCUAAUGCCCAUGUUUGGAAAUGGUAGGUGGAGUCAGGCUAAUAUGCCCAUGUUUGGAAGUGGUAGGUGGAGUCGGCUAAUGCCUUCCCCCUCCCCGUCCCAAUCUUCUUUCUGACUUGUUGACUCUGAACGUCUUCAUUCCUGUACAAGACUUGCAUUGAACUUAAUGUUCACUGGAGAUACUAUUCAGACAUGAACUACAUUUUCAAGUUCAGGGCAUACAUAUCCUAACAGGAUGAUCUGUCAAAGUUGAACAAUUCUUCACAUUUUUCUAUGCAUGCUAUGUUGACUUUAAAAUUGCAUACAGUAUGCAGUUACACAUAUAGUUUCAGAAUGCAAUGUUGAUCCCCCCCCUCCUAAAAGUUGCAUUUAGAAUGCAGUGUUGAUUCAGUGGGCAAGUUGACUAAAGAUUGCAUACAGCCUGAAGAGUUGACUUGACAUUGUAUUAAACAUGUUCAUGUUGACUUGACAUUGUAUUAAACAUGUUCAUGUUGACUUGAUCCUCCAGUGAUUCAACUUUCAUGUUUAUUUAUUUCUGACAUAUUUAAAAUACAUUUUUAUACCAAAAUAAAUUUAGACAAAUAUUUUUACCAAUCAGGCAAUUAACUUUAAAAGUUGCUCUAGAGUCGUGUAACUAGCCAGGUUUCAUUACCAUUUCAUUUUUAUAGAAAAAUGGAGUUAUGUGAAAUUGUCAUUUGUUCACAAUGAAUAAUCCAAAGUAUCACUAGUUGAUAGAGGUUACGAUUGAAUAGUAGAAAUAUUCUAUUUACUUUAUAUUUUUAUGAUCAUUAUUUACUGAGAAUGGCUGGUGAAGAAUCAGAAUGACAUCAGGGACUUGAGUGUAGCCCCUAGAGCAGCAUCUCUUAUGAAGUCUACAUUUAAUCUUUGGUCAAGAGAAUGGAAUUCAAAUAGUCAUUGAAAACUCUUUUGGAAUGUUGAUUCUAUGCAAAAUAUUUUGUGAUUAUUUUUAUAAUUUAUUUUUUUUUUGGUAAAAUUAUCCUGUUACUUGGGAGAGAAAGAAAGAUGUUCUACUUUCAUUGCCAGAUUUUACUGUUCCACUGUCAUUGCCAGAUUGAAUAUCUAUCUCCAGUAGUUUUUGGUCCUAGUAUUGUAAGCUUGUGUAUAUGUCUCCUUCAAAUGCAUGCUUCAUGUGAAAGUAAGUAUUUCUUGUUAGAAAACAUUUUUGUCUUGAUUUCUUAUUUGAUUUGGGCCAAACUUUCUCCAUAUUCAACAGUUGGUUUGACAGAUAAGCUUGGAGCCAUUGCUGUGUGUCUGGCAUUUUGUUUGAAUUUCUUCUUCCACUUUUCUUUCUCUUUGAGUUGAACAAAUUAGUUCCCAGUGACCUUGACUUUGACUUCAAUGUUUUCAAUCAUUCUAAACAUUCCAUCUUGUCAGAGUCAGAACGUCUGCACUAAAAAAUCUGGCCUACUGAUGAAGCUGGGUGAUUUCAGUCAGAUAAUAAAGCACUAAAAGACUAAAUGAUCAAGUCAUCUAGCUGAAUGACUUUUUUUUUUCUCAGACCCUAUGUGUUAAGUUAUCUAGCUGAUGACCCUAAUCACUUUAUGCUGAGGUGUUUUGGCUAGCUGGGUCAGAUCAUCUGUUCUGAUUAAAAUUCGUUAUCAAAUGGGCCAAAAAAAAUCAAGCUUUGCUUAAAAAAACCAAGACGUGAAAGGAAUAGCGAGACACUACUAUCUAAAGUCUGUCUUUGUGGUUAGUCUUCACAAUUGCUUGCUUUCCUGGGACGAACCAAAUGGCAGCAGUAUAAAUAAUGUUUUUUUUCUUAUGUAUUUUUUUUUUAUUACAACUUUGUGUACAGUAUGUUAAAUUAUUUGUUUUUAUACACUUCAAUUUGUUUUUCUUUUUGGAUGACAGCUUCAUAUUUAUAUAUAGAUCAUUUUUUUAAACUUUGUUUUGACAUGAGGAUAGGACACACAUAGGUGACUAUUGAAUGACAUGAGGAUAGGACACACAUAGGUGACUAUUGCAUGACAUAAGGACAGGACACACAUAGGUGAAUAUUGGAUGACAUUAGGACAGGACUAACUGAUGACCAUUGGAUGACAUAAGGACAUGACUCGUAGGUGACCAUUGGAUGACAUAAGGACAUGACUCGUAGGUGACAAAUGGAAGACAUAAGGACAAAGGUGAUUAUUGCAUAAGGAAGGAUAAGACACACACAGAUGACUAUUGGAUGACAUAAGGACACAUAGAUGAUUAUUGGAUGACAUAAGGAUAGGACACACAUAGAUGAUUAUUGUGUGACAUAGGACAACAUGGACAUACAUAUAUAUUUAUGACAGACAUGAUGUUGGCAGUCUUUAUGUUUCAACCAGGGCCAAUGCUUUAUGCUAGUCAAAUCUAUACGUCAUGUAGAUACAACACAUCUUGUCCGGCCACGGCACUGGCCUAUAUCACUUGUGUAUAUUUCUCUGUAGAAUAAUGUAUAAAGACUUCAUUUUUUGGCGUGUGUAGAUCUGUUUAUAUGUAAGAUGACUCCGCCUUGAUCAUAGGCAAGAAUGUUGACCACAGUCUGAUUAGAAUCUCUUGGCAUUUCAUCUGCACAUUAAAAUCAAGAUGUUUAUUUAGAAGCAUAAUCUGUCCUUCAGUUUGUUUAUUCUCUGUCAAUGAGAUCUUCUUUCUGCUCAUAGAAACUAAAGGUUGUCCUUUUUUUUUUUUUUAAAUUGUGUUCCAGAAAUUGUUUUAUUUUCCUUUUUUUGUGGAUCCCAUUGUUUUGAUUGUUACUUCUAUUAUCUUAGCAUAUAGAAACAAAAAACUAAGUGCAAAACCUUUUUCUCUGUUUGUGUAUUCUGAGGAGAUCAUUUAGUCCAGACAGAAACUUGGUUAGCAUGCCAAUGAUUGGUUUGUUUUGUUACCUUAGUUUUAAUGAUGAAAACUUUUGAAUGUUAAAUUUACUAUGUAAUUACAAUGAUUGACUUUCUAUGUUACUUCUAAAUUAUAAAUUGAUUGAAUGUUAGUCACUCUAUGAACUUCAUUGUGACUGCUAGGUCAUUAAUUAAAUUAUGUAUGAUUGAGGGGCAGUGAGCCUUUUAUCAAUUAAGGGAUGAUUAAUCUUUUUUUUUUUUAGUGCUGGCAUAUUUUUGUUUAAUAAAUAUAUUUAUGGAUGAUUGAAGGUGUGAUUGACUGUAAAAGAGUAACUGUUAAAUGUCAGCCCUUCUUGUGAAUGUAUGUUUAAAAGCUUGCUUAUGAGAUUGAUCAAAAUCUGUAAUACUUGUUCAGUUAAAACCACAAUGAGGGCUAAAUCUAUUCACUGCUGUAUACCUGCCUAAAAGUAGCUUUUAUAUAGAGUUCCUACCAAAAUAGAAAUGUGCAAGUGACACUAUGGUUACUAGAUUAGUGACGUAUUGCACAGUGGGUAGGGUCACAGAGUACUAGCACUGAGGGAUUCCAUCAUUCAAGAAGUAAGGAUACACUAGCUUAGGAAAACAAAAAACUUGCAGAGAAAUUUUAAGUUACAAUUUAUUUCUAUCUUGUAACAUUCAGAUAUCUUUUAUUAGUGCAGCAUGUAUAUGGCUUUCAUAGCUGUGUUGUAACAUCCCUCACAGCUGUGUCCACCAUGUAUUCAUCCUCAUAGCUGUGUCUGUCAUGUCAUCCCUCGUAGAGGUGUCCAUCAUGUAUACAUCCCUCACAGCUAUGUCCAUCUUGUACAUGUCCCUCACAGCUGUAUCAAUCAUGUACACAUCUAUCACAGUUGUGUCCAGCCUGUAUACAUCCCUCACAGCUGUGUCCAUGUGCAGCUUGUAGCAAAGCAGUGUACGUUGUUGUCUGAACAAAGUGUGUGUGCGUGUGUGUCUCUCUUCUCGCCAAGAUGCUAUGUUUCCACCUACGAAUACCUGUGAUGACAGUAUGUAUAUAGUUCUGUAUAUUUAUAGCCCGCCCCCGCUCCCCCCCUCCCAAUUGGAAGACUUACAAUCAUGAUUUUUUUUUUCAUAAUUAUUUACCAUCACACACACAACUGGUUGCCUUGACAAUACAAGAUGGCUGCCAUUGGAACAAGAUGGUUUUGAACUGUAUACUUUAUUAUGACUGUUCUGAUGACAUCAUUAAAGAAGGUCACACAAUAAACUGUUUCUUUAAUAUAAA